CGAGAUGAUGUGGCAUAAGAAGAUAUGGCUGAGUUUUAUAAGUACAAAGAACCUCUAGUUGUAACAUUUUUUUUUGAUGAUAAAAGAUAGCACUUGUCCCAUAACCAAACCCAACCCCUAGCUUGGUAGAAGUACUUGUACUUAAAAAGUUGUUGUAAAUUGAUCGCACCACCACGACCACCACCGUAUCCGUAGCUAGUAAAACCCUAGGAUUGACAUUGGUUCCCCCUUUCCUUCAAAGACAGCAGUUAUGGAAAGCCAGCAGGGCAUGUCCCGCGAUGACGGUGAGCUUGCGACCUUCUGGCUUCGGAAAACCCGGAAGCCAGUCUUGUGCGUUUUGAUGGUGCAAAAGCCUGGAGGCAAACCCGUUUUCUAUCGCGGUAUGAAUUUGGAGGUGAGUAUGCC